AACUCACGUUCACGUUCAGACAACAACCCGAGAGAACUGUUUGCAAGAUCGAACAAGAAUUGCACGCCUACAGUGAACUCCUUUUGAUCUCUUCUUGGACCUGAUCUUAAAGACUUCAAGACCGAACCAUCGAGAUGAAGAUCUGCGUGGCCACCAUUCUGUCAAUCGCCCUCCUUCUGGAUAACUCUGUCAAGCUCCGAGCUUCCGUUACUGGGCCGGUUCCCUCGGAUGGCGAUGGUCCUGCAUCUCAGGUGUGUCAGCAGUGCUGCCAGGGACCAGCUGCAAUACCCGGCAUACCAGGUCUGCCUGGCCCAGUAGGGCCGAUGGGGCCGUACGGUCAGCCGGGGUCAAAGGGCGAUGCAGGUCAGCAAGGUGAGAUUGGCCCUAUUGGACCUAUGGGUGAUCGGGGAGCACCUGGGAACACUGGGUUUAAAGGUGAUGAUGGGAUUGGUCUGCCCGGCAAGAUAGGUCCGAGAGGGCUACCUGGUGUUGUCGGAGGAACCGGGGAAACUGGUGUCAAAGGUCAGAAGGGUGAGCUAGGGGAGACAGCAGACGACUCCAACAAGCGGGUGGCAUUCACCGUGGUGAGGACGAGCAACUCGGAUACCUCUACGAGUCAAGACACCCGUUUGCCCUUCCAGCAGACUGAGACGCUUCUGCCAGGUACCAGCUUCGAUCUCGAGACCGGCACGUUCACAUGUAGUGUGCCGGGGACCUACGUAUUUACGUUCUCUGUUCUUAAGUAUAGCAACGGCGGUUACCUUUACAUCCAUCUUGUUAAAAAUAACUACAAAGUGAUCAGUACCUAUGGUACAUCAAAUCAACUUGGUCAGUUGUCUGGUAGCGCGGUGCUGGUCCUGCAGCGAGGAGACUCGGUGUAUGUUACCAUGUCCGGUAGGGCGCAAAGUGGUUCCAACUAUCACUACACCUCAUUCAGUGGCUUCCUCCUUUUCUCCGAAUAG